UCUAUGCAAAUAACUAUGAUGAACUCCACUGAGAGUGAGCGGAUGUCUGUGCUCUUGUCCACAUUGCUGGAGAGGACUGUUACUGGUACAGACGAGAUGGUUAACAUCAAAAGAAAGGCAGUAGUAUUAGACGAACGCUUUCAAACGUCUGAUAUAGUUGAUAUUUUUCUUACUGGAAGUAAUGGAGAAGGAGUCUCUCUAAGCGGUUCGGAUGUGGACGGAAUGACUGUGUACAAGUGGGCAGAAGUAGUGUACCCUGAUCAGCGUUUCUCUCAACACCUGACGCACAAAUCUAUUAUAUACAUUCGAGAAGCAGAAUGCCGUCCUGGUUAUGUCAAGUUAGAGAUAGGUCAACUUAAAUUUCCAUUUCAACAACUUUUUGAUUCUACACUGGUUAGAAUUGGCAAUUCAAAGUUUAUUUCCAGUGAUAUCUUCAGGGAGAAAAUGGUCUCUCCACUGUCUAAACACACAGGCGUGCAAUUUGAAUCCAAUGGACCAAGCAUUUCGUAUAGAGGGAAUAGAGGAAUCGGUGAUUGUGACUUGGUUGCUUGCUUUCCAUGUAACAGUUGGCCAAGGGAGGCUAACGAAUGGAUCACACGUACACGCCUGUAUGGAUGGCCGCAUCAAACUUUGAUAGACAAGAUUGUAAACAAGGGAUUUCACCUUGUCCCUGUUGGAGAUAAAUGUUCCAAAGAUACAUUUUUACAAUGGCGAAUCUCAUUAGUAGUAGCAGAAAGAUCUUUAGUUCAUUCCUUUAGUCUCCUCCAAGUCAAAGUAUACGUGUUGCUGAAACAUUUCUUAAAACAAAUAAAGGAGACAUUGAAAGAAACCAUUGGAGAUGACGAUAUCUUGUGCUCCUACUUCCUAAAAACAAUCCUGUUUCAUGCAAUAGAAAAUUCAAGCCAAAGGUUCUGGCAAGACAAGAACCUUUUUUAUUGUUUUUGGUUUUGCAUCAACAUUCUGCUUGGGUGGGUCAGGGCCGGAUUCUGUCCCAAUUACUUCAUCCCAACCAACAACAUGUUCCAGAGGAAAGUACACGGACAGCAUCAACAGAUACUGCUGGACAUUUUGUAUAACUACUCUGAGAUGAAAUGGAUGUGCCUUUCAGUGGGAAACCAAAAACCUUCAAUUUGGGAGUCGCUAUGUGACACAUCCAUACAAUCUCUGCUUGUAGUCCCAUGGACUGUAGAAUUUAAGAUGUUGCAUACGGAUAGGGAAAUUUUCACUGCUAUAUCAACGAGAUUGUAUCCCAUGGAAGAGAAUUCAAGCAAUGCGUUUCACUUAUUAUCUACAUCAAAGUCAGAAUUUGAAGAGGUUUACACAUACCAUAAUGCGAUGAGUAGUCUCAGACGUCUUUCAUCAGAACUGAUUUCUGAGGAACUGUAUGAAAACCGCGCUGCACCAGGCAACAAAACAAGGUACCGGAGACUGAGAAAAUGUAAGUACUGGAUAUCCCCUGGUGCUUUAAUGGGAACAGACGUGUUGCAUCUGGCAACUUUUCAUUUUCUGACUGGAAAUUUUACUAAAUGCCUUGGAAUUAGCCGACGGGUAAUGAAACUAGCAACAUUCUUCAGAGAAAACGUGAAACAGGAUCGAGAUUUUUGGAAAUUGCAUUGGCAACCUCAUGGCUGUACAUUAGAGAGGCUUCAGAAAAUAUACACAGACUUCAUCACCUUUCAUACUAAUGGCAUAUAUCUUCCUCAUCUCUGUCUAGAGGUGUCGACGGACAUUCCACCUCUACCAUAUGUCCUCUUUCUGAACUUCUUGUGUUGCCAUGAACUUGGAGACACCAGAGGGCGUGAUGAAGCUUUACACCAACUAAUACAGAUUCAGUAUCACAAGGAACAAGGAGGGCACAAGUUCUGGAUCGUUCACACACUUCUGGGAAUCUGUUAUCAAAUACUCGGGGACUAUCAAAGGGCCAUCAGGGCUUAUUUGGAGUCAUCACAAUCACGGCUUCUAUUUCUUCCGUUCAAUCCUGCAAUUGACAGGAUAGCCAUAGUGUAUCUCUGCAUGUAUGUCUCACAGAGAUCUGACAGAGGAUAGAUGCUGUGCAUACACAUGUAUAUGUAUUGUGUGUUUCACAGAGUUUGACAAGGGAGACCUGUGGUGAAUCAAAUCAUGUCCGACAGAGCUCAGACAGGGUCAACUGCGAUGUAUCUAUGCAUGUGUGUAUAAAAAAGGUCUGGUAGAGUAUAGCCGUGCUUUAUCUAAGUAUGAAUGUCUCAUAGAAGUCUUACAUAUGAUUGCUGUGGUGAAUAUAUGUUUGUAUUACUUGUCUGACAUAUUAAAGUUGUGGUGUGUCUAUUGGUGGAUGUCUCAUACAUGUCUGCCAUAUAUUAAGGGUAAUGUAGUAUGUAUGUAUGUAUGUAUGUG